AUGGUUGUCGUAGCUGUUGCAGGUGGUAGCAGUGGCCUUGGUCUGACUAUUGUUCAAGCCUUGACAGCUCAAGGGAAACAUGAAGUUCUUAUCUUGAGCCGAAAGGAAAACACAGAACUUGGAAAAAGGCUUGGAGCUCUUGUUGUCGCCGUUGAUUAUAGGAGCGCCAAAUCUAUCGAAUCAGCUCUGGAAGCCAACAACGUCGAUACUGUUAUAUGCACAAUCAGUUCUCAGGGCGAUCUUGAACCGGAACAGAAUUUGAUCCUUGCUGCGGACAGAUCGCCUAUUACCCGAAGAAUUAUACCUAGUAUUUUUGCUGGUUUUACAUAUCCCGUCAAAUACCCGGACAGUUCUCCUGUUGCGAAAGCCAAAUCUGAAGCCAUCAAGGCCGUCAAAAGGACAUCAUUGGAGUAUACUGCGAUCUACAAUGGCAUAUUCCUUGAUUACUACGCCGCGCCGCAAUUGAAGGCCAAUAUACCACCUUGGCCAUUGUUUGUUGAUAUACUCCACGAAUCAGCGGCGGUCCCAGGUUCAGGGGAUGAUCUCGUCGUUUUCACUCACAGCACUGACAUCGCUAAGUUCGUUGUUUCGAGCUUAGAUCUUCCAAAAUGGCGAGAGGAAAGUUAUAUUCUAGGAGAGAAAUUGACAUGGCAUGAGAUUAUCAAACUGGCGGAGGAUGCGAAAGGAUCCAAGUUUAAUGUGAUGCAUGACUCCGAGACGGACUUGAGGGCUGGAAGAGUUUCGAUGCUGCCUAGUUACGGCAAAAUGUUCCAACUUCCUGAAGCUGAUAUUCAAGAUCUGCUCUCCACUGCUGGAAUGUGGUUCGUGAAUAAAGAGCUUGAUUUGAAUCCCGAACAUGCGUUGAACAAGAAGUUUCCAGAAAUCAAACCGAUGAAGGUGAAGGAUUUCUUGGAAUCGUCUUGGAAUGGCACUGAUGCAACUGUAUUGGAUAUUAAGAUGUAA